CCUCUGAGCAAGCUGUGGCACUGGUGGUAGGAGAGCACAACCUAGGACAAACUUAAAAGAAGCCAAACUGUCUGCUUCAAAGAGAAGAGGUGACAUCCUGCUGCAGAGUAUGCACUGGCAAAAAUCAUCUGCUCCUGAGCAGGCACCAGCGCCACCCCGGCCUUACCAAGGUGUCCGUGUGAAGGAGCCAGUGAAAGAACUGCUGAGGAGGAAGCGUGGUCUUGCCAGCAGCGGGCUCACAGUGGCUGCAACCACGGUGGUGUUGCCCCAUCAGCCCCUGGCAACUUAUGCAACAAUGGGGCCAACUUGCCUGGACAUGGAGGUUCCUACAUCUACAGUGACAGAAGAAGGGGCUCUGUGCACAGGCUGGCUAUCCCAGCCUACUCCUGCUACCCUGCAGCCUUUAACGCCAUGGACACCCUACCCUGAGUACAUGCCCCACGAAGGGGUCAGCUGCCCUUACUCUACUGAUAUGUAUGUUCAGCCCGUGUGCCCCAGCUACACAGUGGUGGGACCCUCAUCGGUGCUGACAUAUGCCUCCCAACCACUCAUCACCAAUUUCACGACCAGGAAUGCCACGCCAACAGGUGGACCUCAACUGGAGGGUACAGAGCACCAAGCACCUCUGACUUACUUCUCGUGGCCUCAGCCCAUUUCAGCUCUGCCCACUUCUACUCUUCAGUACCAGCCCCCAGCCCCUACACUGCCUGGGCCUCAGUUUGUACCACUCCCUAUCUCCAUUCCAGAGCCAGUCCCUCAAGACCUGGAAGAUACAAGGAGGGCAAUCAACACUCUUCCCAUAGAGAAACUACUCCUAGAAGAAGAAGAAAGUGAUACAUAUGGGAUGAAUCACACUCUGUCUGUGGAAGGGUUUUAAUAUCUGGUAUUUGGUUUAUGCCUGCCUAAUCACUGAACAUGGGAUUUGUGAAUACAUGGGGCAUUCAGUCUGACACAUUCUGUCUCGAUCUAAGUCAUGGAAUCUUAAGAGCUAGAAAGAAUUUUAAAGUCACUUUGUAGUAUUUUCCUUUCCUCCUCUUUCUCCUCCUCCCUCCCUCCCUUUUUACUUCCUUCUUUCUUUUUCCACUCCAUCUCCCUUAUUUUCUUUCUUCAUUUCCCUCCCUUUCCCCCUACCUAUAUGCCUGCUUUACUGCCUUUCAGCCUUCUAACUUCCCUUUUUCAUUUCUCCCCUCCUCCUUCACGUCCUUUCUUCUCCAAAUAGCAUUAAAGAUUUUGGAGCCUCAGCAUUUUAUUUUACAUUCAUUCAAUUCAAUAAAUCAAACAAUAAGUAUUUACUAAUACUUAUUGAUAUAUCUACUUUGUGCCAGGUACUGUGCUAGGCACUGAAGCUACAAACACAAAAAUGAAAUAAGCCCUUACCUUAAAAGAAUUUUAGUUUUUUUUGUGUGUCUCAUUUUCUCCCCUAAAAGAGACUCCCUUUUGGAAGUCUAUUGUGUGUCAGGGGAGUGGUGCUUCCCCAGCUUCUGAGUUCCAUCAGAAUCAUUCUCUGCCCAUCUCUGCAGUUUUGACAUACAUGAACUUUUUUCUCUCAUAUCUAUCUCCCUUCUUCCCACUCGCUGCUUUAUCCUUGCCAAUAUCUCUCAAAAUUCAGCCAGGUAGAGACCCAGUGCCAGAGUCCCUGAACUUAACAGUUUUCACAGUUGCUUCUUUGUUUAUGAUGAGCUGUGUUGGACAGAUUUACAGUUCACGUGGCAAGACCACAAACCACUGAGGCUUAAGGGUAGAGAGGGAGGGGAAGUAAUGGGGGUGAGGAGGAGAUAGUGCCAAAGAAAGAAGCACAGUAUGUAUAUAUGAGUUCUAGGAAAGAGUGAUAGUUGUGGUGGUGAGUAGGGAAGAGUGAUAGAAGGAAAGGGGUAGUGUGGGAGAUGAAAUGAUAGAUAAAAAGCACAGAAAAAAACUUUAAAAAAGAAAAGGAACAACAUUGCUUGAGACACCGAGAAGGAAGUUUGGUUACUUCCUUCAGAAGGUUUAUCAGAAGAUCCUAGAAAAUCCUUUUACAAAUGGGAUUAAUAACCUGGUUGGAGACUGAAUAUCUGGUCUAGACCCACAGAGACAAUUAGGUGGUGCAAUUGUUAAAAUGCUGAGCCUGGAGCCAGCAAGAACCUAAUUCACAUGUGAGCUUAAACACUUACUAGCUUGUGUAACUCUGGGCAAAAUACUUGACUUCUGUUUGCCUCAGUUUCCUCAACUGUAAAAAUCACAAAAUAGCAACUCUAUCUCCUGGGUUCCUUAUGAGUGCCUGGCAGAUAGUAAGAACUAUAUUAAUUCUAGCCAUCAUCAUUAUUAUUAUUUCCUUAUCCCAUUGAGAUCUAUACUGAGUCAGGGUUUCAAAACUCAGAGAUGUUUAAUACGUUUGUAAAUGUACUUUAAUUUUCACAAGGUCAUUUCCCAAACAAUGCUACUUGAGGGUUAUCUAGGAAAUCAAGUGUUAGUCUUCCCAAAGAUUCUAUGAACUCCAUAAAAAACAAACUGGCAUUUGGUUUUGUUUCCUAUGUUUGUUAGGAAAACAUUCAAUUUGUAGUAGGAGGAGAUUUAUUCAGAUGGUAUCUGGCUGGGGAGUGGGAUCCAGUAACCCGUCUUCUACAGUGAACAAGAGGCAGAGACAUCAGGUCAAAGUGAAGGAGUUUCCUAGAGAAUGUACAGAUCUUUUCAUUUGUUUUACUUAAUGUUUUAACUAAUUAACUUCUGGUUAGACUUCCUUUCCUCUUUUUUUUCUUCUACUUUGCUACACCCAGGAUUUCAGUUUGUCAGAAUGUUGUCCAAAGAAGACAUGGCUCAUGACCUACAUGCCUACAUGACUUGUUCCCCUGUGAACAACACUGCACAAUAGAUCUGAGGCCUGUUUCUGGAUUUGGAGGGAUGCAAAUACAAGUGAAAGGGUUUGCAACUGUGGUUUAAUAGGCUUAAAUAGGCCAGAGAGCUUGGCCAAGAAAUAAGAUCCUUUACUCACCCUUAUAGAUUAUUAAUUUUAGUUCCGCUUCCAAAAAGAGUAUCCUGAAUACAAGCUCACAUUGAAAAUUCUUCCUGGGUUAUUCUAUUAAAAACAGAAACAUUUUCAGUAAAGACUAAAAAUAA